GCGUGCGCUGCGUGGGGGGCGGGGACCGGCACCGCCCCGCCCUCCCCUCCCCCACCGCCGCGGCCGCCGCAGGAGCCGAGCCCGCCGCCGACCCCGAGCCCCGAGCCCCGGGCCGUGCGCCCGUGCCGAGCUGCGCCGGGCCAGAGCCUCCGCCCUCCCUCUGCCUGGAGCUGCCUCCCUCCCCUUCCCCACUGGGUGCCCACUGGCUGGGCCGAGGGGAUGUGGUGAACCCACUGACCACGCUGCACUUCACCCGGGAGGACCAUGCGGCAGUAGGCGCCAUGUUGCCCUUCCUGCUGGCCACACUGGGCACCACGGCCCUCAACAGUAGCAACCCCAAGGACUACUGCUACAGUGCACGCAUCCGCAGCACUGUCCUGCAGGGCCUGCCCUUUGGGGGUGUCCCCACCGUGCUGGCCCUUGACUUCAUGUGCUUCCUGGCACUACUGUUCCUGUUCUCCAUCCUGCGGAAGGUGGCCUGGGACUAUGGGCGGCUGGCCUUGGUGACAGAUGCGGACAGGCUCCGGCGGCAGGAGAGGGACAGAGUGGAACAGGAAUAUGUGGCCUCCGCUAUGCAUGGGGACAGUCAUGACCGGUAUGAACGUCUCACCUCCGUGUCCAGCUCCGUUGACUUUGACCAGAGGGACAAUGGCUUCUGCUCCUGGCUGACAGCCAUCUUCAGGAUAAAGGACGAUGAGAUCCGGGACAAGUGCGGGGGCGACGCUGUGCACUACCUGUCCUUCCAGCGGCACAUCAUUGGGCUGCUGGUUGUCGUGGGUGUCCUCUCCGUGGGCAUCGUGCUGCCUGUCAACUUCUCAGGGGAUCUGCUGGAGAACAAUGCCUACAGCUUUGGGAGAACCACCAUUGCCAACUUGAAAUCAGGGAACAACCUGCUGUGGCUGCACACCUCCUUCGCCUUCCUGUACCUGCUGCUCACCGUCUACAGCAUGCGGAGGCACACAUCCAAGAUGCGCUACAAGGAGGACGACCUGGUGAAGCGCACUCUUUUUAUCAAUGGGAUCUCCAAAUACGCGGAGUCGGAGAAGAUCAAGAAGCACUUUGAGGAGGCCUACCCUAACUGCACUGUCCUCGAAGCCCGUCCCUGUUACAACGUGGCACGCCUCAUGUUCCUGGAUGCAGAGAGGAAGAAAGCAGAGCGGGGAAAGCUGUACUUCACAAACCUGCAGAGCAAGGAGAACGUGCCCACCAUGAUCAACCCGAAACCCUGUGGCCACCUCUGCUGCUGCGUGGUGCGGGGCUGUGAACAGGUGGAGGCUGUCGAGUACUACACGAAGCUGGAGCAGAAGCUGAAGGAGGACUACAAGCGGGAGAAGGAGAAGGUGAACGAGAAGCCGCUCGGCAUGGCCUUCGUCACCUUCCACAACGAGACCAUCACGGCCAUCAUCCUGAAGGACUUCAACGUGUGCAAGUGCCAGGGGUGUACCUGUCGCGGGGAGCCGCGUGCCUCCUCCUGCAGCGAGUCCCUGCGCAUCUCCAACUGGACCGUGUCUUACGCCCCGGACCCCCAGAACAUCUACUGGGAGCACCUCUCCAUCCGCGGCUUCAUCUGGUGGCUGCGCUGCCUGGUCAUCAAUGUCGUCCUCUUCCUCCUCCUCUUCUUCCUCACUACCCCAGCCAUCAUCAUCACCACCAUGGACAAGUUCAACGUCACCAAGCCUGUGGAGUACCUCAAUAACCCCAUCAUCACACAGUUCUUCCCGACUCUGCUGCUGUGGUGCUUCUCAGCCCUGCUCCCCACCAUCGUCUACUACUCGGCCUUCUUUGAGGCACACUGGACACGCUCCGGGGAGAACAGGACCACUAUGCACAAGUGUUACACCUUCCUCAUCUUUAUGGUGCUGCUCCUGCCUUCCCUGGGACUGAGCAGCCUGGAUCUCUUCUUCCGCUGGCUCUUCGACAAGAAAUUCUUGGCAGAGGCAGCUAUUCGGUUUGAGUGCGUGUUCCUGCCGGACAACGGCGCCUUCUUCGUGAACUAUGUCAUUGCCUCGGCCUUCAUCGGUAACGCCAUGGACCUGCUGCGCAUCCCGGGCCUGCUCAUGUACAUGAUCCGCCUGUGCCUGGCACGCUCGGCGGCCGAGAGACGCAACGUCAAGCGGCAUCAGGCCUACGAGUUCCAGUUCGGCGCUGCCUACGCCUGGAUGAUGUGCGUCUUCACGGUGGUCAUGACCUACAGUAUCACCUGCCCCAUCAUCGUGCCCUUCGGGCUCAUGUACAUGCUGCUGAAGCACCUGGUGGACAGGUACAACCUCUACUACGCCUACCUGCCUGCCAAGCUGGACAAGAAGAUUCACUCGGGUGCCGUGAACCAGGUGGUGGCCGCGCCCAUCCUCUGCCUCUUCUGGCUGCUCUUCUUCUCCACUAUGCGCACAGGGUUCCUCGCCCCCACAUCCAUGUUCACCUUCGUCGUCCUGGUCAUCACCAUCGUCAUCUGCCUCUGCCACGUCUGCUUUGGACACUUCAAAUACCUCAGUGCCCACAACUACAAGAUCGAGCACACAGAGACAGACGCCGUGGGUCCCAGAAGCAAUGGACGGCCCCCCUCAGCUGCUGCCGUCCCCAAAUCUGCGAAGUACAUCGCCCAGGUGCUGCAGGACUCAGAGGGGGACGGGGAUGGGGACGGGGCUCCUGGGAGCUCAGGGGACGAACCCCCAUCGUCAUCGUCUCAAGAUGAGGAGCUGCUGAUGCCCCCAGAUGGCCUCACAGACACGGACUUCCAGUCGUGCGAGGACAGCCUCAUAGAAAAUGAGGUCCACCAGUGAAGGCAGGGCCCUGGAGGCUGCGCCCCCUGCCCGCCCCAUGGACACAAGAUGCUAAUAAUUUAUUAGAUCUAAAGCCCCCCAACCCCUCUGCUUUCAUUAAGGUAUUUAAAUCUGGGGAUUUGCCUCUCUCCCCCACAGCGAGGGAGGCAGGGAGCCCUCGCCUCAGUGAGGACAGCCCCGAGCCGGCCCCGGGGCGAAGAGGGGUGUGGGGAGAGUCCCCCAGAUCAGCAGCACCCCAGUAGUGUGGUCAGGAAAGGUUGAUGAGAGCCAAGAGGGGUACCUGUUGCCAUGGCUGGAGACCUGGGGGCAGGCGGCCCAGGGACUGCACACCCCGCUCCAGUCUGUUCUCCCCUCUGCUCCUGGGAUCUGGCCCUGCGGGACCUGCAGGAUGCAUGAGAAGGGGGGGAGCCCAGGGGAGGAGCCCCAGCCGGGACCUGGGUGGGCAUGGCUGACACUGGAACACGGGGUUUUGCACUGUUUUGGGGGGUGUUUAUUUUUGUUUGUUUUUUUGUUUUUUCAUUUUUUUUUUUCCUUUAAAAUAAAAACAGAAAAGCUCCUA